CGAACCGACCCCACAAACGCAAAUGGGAGACGCUCCGAGUGAAUCCUCCGCCGCCGCCGCACCACCCAGUGUCCCGCAACACGCCCGGGCCGCACUGAUCGCGUCCUUCGGCCCGGAGCUCACAUUGACCGACAGCCACCCCGUCGUGCAGCCCAGCGCGCUCAAGCCCGGACAGUGCCUCAUCAAGAUCGAUUACGCCGGUGUGUGUCAUUCGGACGUGCACAUCAUCGAAGGCGGAUGGGGGCCGGUCGACUUCCCGCGCGUCGCCGGGCAUGAGGGGAUGGGACGCGUCGUGGCCAUUGGCGCGAACACCGUCGGGAGUCCGGUCGCUGUGGGCGACCGGGUUGGGAUCAAGUGGUUGGCGACGACGUGUUUGAACUGCGAAAUGUGCCGGACGGGAAAUGAGCCCUGCUGUGCGAUAGCUAAGACGAUGGGGCACGGGUAUCAAGUCGAUGGGUGCUACGCGGAUUAUCAGGUCUCGUAUGUGGACUACGUCACUCCGAUCCCCGCCGAGCUCGACAGCGCUGCUGCAACACCGCUCCUAUGUGCAGGAGUGACGAUCUACAAGGCACUCAAGGAAAGUAACCCAAAGGUAGGCAACUGGGUGGCCAUCCCAGGCGCCGGAGGUGGACUCGGGCAUUUGGGAAUCCAAUACGCCGUCGCAAUGGGUCUCCGGGUCAUCGCCAUUGACACCGGCGAGACGAAACGCGAUCUCUGUCUCGCCCUCGGUGCCGAGAAGUGGAUCGACUUCAAGGAGAGCAAGGAUCUCGUCCAGGACAUCCAAGCCGCGGCGGAUGGACUCGGCCCGCACAGCGCCGUGAUCGCCGCAUCCAAUCCCGGCCCGUUGGACCAAGCCGUGCACUACAUCCGGCCCAAGGGGACGAUCGUGGCCGUCGGACUACCAUCAGGGCCGGUGAAGAUGACGGUCGGGGUGUACACUCUCAUCGCAAAGUGCAUCACGAUUGUUGGGUCUGCGGUCGGGAGCCGCCAGGAUGCGAUCGAGGCCCUGGCCCUCGCUGCGCGUGGCAAAGUCAAGUGCCAACUCGUCGUGCGUCCGUUCGAGCAGGUCAACUCCUGUCUCUCAGAACUCUCCGCGCAAACGGUCGCGGGGAGGAUUGUAUUGAAGAUGUAGAGGAUGAAAUGUUCAAGAUGUGUAUUGCUAGGAGACAAGCUAUUGCAAAUAGUAUCUUCAGAAGGCUAGAAAAGUCGAGGACGGUCCUGUGAAGUAAGCACGGUCAUCAUUUGCAACCUACGUGAUAGGAUACUGCACGCACCUCGUCCUGAAUCGCCUACGGCAAGUACCGGAUAUGAUACCAGACAAAAUGCUCCGCAUUGUCGAAACCA